AUGUAUUCAAGAAGACUGUUUCACUUACAAUUUAACAUCUUAUGGAUUUUAUGCCUAACUAUUAAUUUUUAUUCUCUGCAUGGUCAGAAUGACAGUAUUGUUGGUGAAGCUGAACAUAUUGAUAAUACUACCCUUUAUCAAAUAUUAUCAGUGGAGAAACACGUUGUUGUUUACUUCUAUGAACAUACCACAAAGCAGAAAUCAAUUAUCAAACAAUUUCAUGACAUGGUUAAUAAAAUUAAUGAAAGUGGACUUCCAGUUUUAGCAUUUACCCUCUGUGCUACAUACUAUGAAGAUGUGGUAGAAAAAUUAAAUAUUUAUUCGCCAUCGAUUACAUACUUUUACAACGGUGGACAAUUAAAAUAUGAAUUUAAAGAAUCGAAAAGAAUCAAUGAACACAACACCAAUUUAAUAUAUGAAUGGAUAAAACAAAAAUUAGCCUCUCCUAUAAAGCUGUUAAGAAAUUUAAAUGAAGCAAAAGAACUUGUCAGUAACAAUAAAUUGAUUUCAAUUAUCUUUAUGAAGGACACCAGCCAAGAAGUACUGAGUAAUCUUAGUUUUGUCGCCCAACAAGUUGAUUAUAUUGCCUAUGGUUUAGUUUAUAAUCGAACAGUUCAUGAUCACUUCAAUAUAACUGAUCAGAAAUUAUUACUCAUUAGAAAAGAAACGAAUAACGCUGAGAUUAUUAAUUUAAAUUAUUCAGAAAAUUGGGACAUUGAAUCGUUGGGUUCGUUUUUACUAACUGAAUCUUUUCCAUAUGUCGCUGAAUACCACCCUACUGAACUAACCCAUUUCGACAGUAGCAAAAUCAGAUUUAUUGCAUACUUAUUCCUUUUACGCUGUGAUCCAGAGUUUUCUCGAAUAAUAUACAAUUACCAGGAAGCAUGUAAACUCUUCCGAAAAAAGAUACGCUGCAACUUUGUUGAUAAUGGUGAAGAAGUCAACUCACCUUUUGCCAGACAACAUGGUGUUCAUGUGGGUUAUGGUUAUCCACGAUUUCAAUUAGUAGUUAAUUCGAAAUCAACGUCAACACUUCAUUACCGUUUAACUGGUGGGAAUAUCGAAUUUGGACAAAAGAAGUUUAACGAUCCUGGUCUCACGAAAAUUAUAGAAAUAGAAGAAAUUAAAAUAUUUUUCAGUAGGCUCCUUCAAGACAAAUUAUCACCUUUUUACAUUAGUGAACUUAUCCCACAGGAUGAUAUUGGAAUUCAUGACUAUGAGAAUUUGGCACAUAUACCUUCACGUAAUGUACCUAAAGCAUCUCAGAAUAAACUCAGGUUUGUACACAAAAUAGUUGGAGCAACAUUUAACAAAUUAGUGAGAAAUCCGGAGUGGACAUCUGUUGUUUAUUUUACAGCGAAUUGGUGCAUCGGAUGCAAUCGAACUAUAUAUGAAUAUUUUACAAAAUUAGCUGAACAUUAUUAUAAACUUGGUCGCAAUGAUUUAUUAUUUGGUUACUCUAACUAUGAGCUAAAUGAAUAUGAAGGGCUGAAAGCCAAAAAAAUGCCUAGAAUUAAAAUUUUCCCUCGGCAAUCAACAGAACAGAUAGAUUUUGAAGGGCCAGAAACGUUUCAUCAUAUCAGGAAGUUUAUAGAAACUGUGGAAGUUAAUUCUAAUUCAAAUGAAGUAAGUUUCGAGUUUGUAAUUUAAUGUGAUGAAUUAAUAUCACAGUAAUUUGUACUUGAAUCCCAAUCGAUUUCACCUUUGAGUAGAAGUUAGUUUUCCCUUAACUGCUGUAUUCUCUAAAUGUUCAACCCGUCUUAAGACAGGUUUUCAUAAAAACAGUGAGUAACUGAG